GGAAGUUAUACGCUAUAAAAAAUGCUGCAUCUCUUCAGAAACCGUGGGUAGAUUGCAGGGGUAGAGCUUGUGUGCUUGUGUCAAGGCACAGACAUCCUCUGCAGGAACCACUGGAGUCGAGAGUGAGCCAUCACGAAGAAUGCUUCGCAUCAGACAGGGAACCUGCUUGGUUUUGCUGGUCGGGCUGUGGCUGUGGACACAGCCGGGUCUAGCACAAGAGUGCAGAAGUGGUAAUUUAAAGCUCAUCAAUGGAAUGGAGAAAUGCUGCCCGAUUUGUUCAUCCAAACCAGAAAACCAAUUUAUGCCGUGUGCUAAUGCAGAGGGUGACUGUAAAUGCGAGGCUGGGUACCAGUGCGCUGACCUAUCCUGCACAUCCUGCAAGCGACUCCCGCAGUGCAAGGCAGGGGAAGAAAUGAAAAAGACAGGCACAAUUGAUUUUGAAUUCACCUGCAAACCCUGCACAAAUGGAACCUUUUCUAAAGCUGGGGACACCAGAUGCAAACCUUGGACUAAGCAUCCAAGUCCUAGAUGUGUAAUGAUCAAGCCAGGAAAUGCAACCCAUGAUGCAGAAUAUAGCAAAGAUGAACCUCUUCUGCAGGAAGGCAUCCUUUCAUCUUUGGAUUCCUCGUCUACUACCAUCAUGGCAAUCCUGACUGCAGUGUCUAUCUUCAUUCUCAUCCUGAUGACCUUCUUCUUGCACCUCUUCAUAUGGUCGCUGAAGAAAGAGAAAGUCCACAUAGUUCAAGAACCUGAAAAUAAUGCCAUCUUGAUGCCGCCACCACCAAGCCAUCUUGUAGAAGAUACCUACAGCUGCCAGUUCCCCGAAGAAGAAGCUGGAGACAAACUAAUGGAUGAAAAACCUUCUUGCAUCACCAUAAUGGGCCUGCACUAAAGAGGUGGAUGGAAGGCACAUAUCUGUGAAAAGGGAAGAUUUGAAUGUCUUUUCAAACACAGACAGACUGAAGGGUGGGGACAAAGAUAAUCUCAGAAACACGGCAGUCUUGCAGUAGGAAUUGAGGAACUAUUCCCUCGAGCUGGCAUUUGGCUCAGCCCCUGUUCUUUUCUGCCAGUUCCUCCUAUUCCGAUCUAAGUCCUUUUCAGCUCAGCCUAGGACCAGAACAUUUUGUCCUGGGUCUUCCUGUAUGCAUCACGUGCUUAUAACCGCACGGUGUCUCCCAUACUGAGUUGCAUGUCAGUGAAGGAUCUGGGUCUCCGUUUUAAUAGCAUGAAAUUACUUAAACAGAAGCCAAAAUGCCAUUUUAAAAAGAUAAAUUGAGGCCUGUUCAAUCCACAAUCUGGGUAUGCAAGAAUGUCCUCGGGUGCUUAUGACAGCUUUCACUUGGAAGGCUUCAUAAUACCAAGGGCAUAAAUGUGCUUGCUUGAUGAAAGGAGCAGAAGUGGCAAGAGGUGAUCUAAGGAUUAUACUCUGUCCUCCCUUGCAUGCAAUUAGAUUGCGUUUCACCCCAAAUUGGUUUUAGACCGAGAGGGGACCCUCCAUGGAAUCUGAGACGCAUUUUGCUGGUUGUGGUGGAAACAGGAUUUCCUUGUUGCUUUUGACGAUGAUGCAAAUUGCAGUCUACAAUGCUGCUUCCUGUAUGGUUUCGGUGCGAGGCCGGUAGGGCCACGUCACUUAGUGUGUGUGUAAGUGCCACUUCUGAGCUAGCCCUGGGCACUUGUGCUUGUAGGGACUCUUCUUACGGACAAGGGCUUUUGCUCUCCGUGAAGGAGAUGCAUUUCAAUUGUAUGGAUUUGUUUCUUCAGAACACUUCCCCCCCGCAACCCCUUCUUUCUUAAUUCAAAUCAGUUUUUAUUCCUGGAAUAUUUAAAUAAAGCACCCCCUCUGGGAAACUAAGCUGAAGGCUAUGCAGUCCAAGCAGCAAAGAUUCUGCAUGAUGAGUCCUCCUCCCCUGGCUCAGGGAAUAACCGGGAGAACAAAAUGGGAAACGAAAUAAAACUGUCUCAUGUUGCCUACAGGAACCUCAAACCUCAUCCUCCACUGGUGUAAGCGAGCCCAGCUCAGGUCUGGCAACCAGUGGUUCUGAGGUUCCAGUUUCUGCUUUGCAAGAAGUAAAACUAGACCCCACCGAUUUUUACAUGGGUUUCCAAAUUGACAGGACAAAACCUCACCUUCCUAUUUCCCAGAGCCAAAGCCUCAGCUGAGGCUAGUCUCCGUCAAAGGAACUACCUUGAUUUCCAUCAGCUGAGGACGAUUCCAGCCCUCGGCUUCAACUAGCGAUGCCUGGGGUUUUUUUGAAUUCGAUCUGAUUGCUAUGUAGUGUCAAUAGCCUGUCUCCCUUGGAAAGAGCUUCUUGGAGCACAGCUGUAUGACUGCGCCCUCUGAGCAAGCAUGAGGUUUUGAGCCAGCCUUCACAUGCAAGGUAACAAAGCAAACACACCCCUAUCCAGGAAGAAUGUUAGUUUCCUAUUUUUUUUUAAUUUUAUUUAUUUAUUUUUUAGAAAACUGGAGUGAUACCUGUAAGUAUGACAUGCGCUGUAAAUGUUACCGAGUGGAUAACUGAAACUGGGUGUAGAAAUAGUGUCAGUAGCUGGCUUACAUUACAUGCCAUUUCUUAGCUGCUUGUCAGUUCCCAAGAAAUCCAUUUUACAUGUCUUUAUAGUUUAUAUAAUUUCAGACUUGCUUUACUUCUCGGCAGAUCCUUAAAUUGCUCAUUCUUCUCCGUCCCUGGAAAUUGCAACAUGUCGUCGUUACCCUGCCAGCAGCGGGUUCCCUGGGGCUAAGCAUUGGGUUUUUUGUUGCCUUUCCUGCAUGCCCUUGGCCAUUAUUGUAAGGGGGAGGUUGAAGAGCUGUAUCUUGGCGCUCUCGCACAACCCAAGGAGUCAGGAGUCCUGGCUCCCAUUUCCAAUUCUGCGGCUGUCUUGCUGUGUGACUCAGAGCAAACUGCUUAACCUUUCUGUGUCUCAGGGAUAUUGAUACCUACCUCAGAGGAAUAGCAAUAGCGGGGACAUGCAAGAGGAGCCAGAAGGAUUGAACUGAAAGGAUGGACUUUAUUAUCCUCAAGGAAUCUUGACGCUUUGGGUGCAGAGAUCAUUUUAAGUUGGCCCGCAGUUCUCUGGCUACUGUUAAAAUGGAUAUCCUCAACAUUUUGAUGUCUUCUGUCUAGGGUGUCACUCUGUGCAUAGCAUGUCCUUGAAAUGGUCCUUUCUAUUUACUGGGGAUGUUUUAAAAAGUUCCUUACUAUGACCUUUUGUAAAGGCAAAAUAAACAUCCAAACUUAGUAAAAUGUCUUGUG